AUGUGCCUGCCAUUCACCGGCCCUCAGAUUGCCUCUUUCCUAUGGAGACUGGACGCCGGAGAGAAAACCAUCUACGCAAGAGAGAUCGCCUCCUUCCUAUGGAGACUGGACGCCGGAGAAAAAACCAUCUACGCCACAGAGGAUUCCUCCUUCCCGGCGCCGGGUUGGGAGGAUUCUCUUUUUCCCGGCGCCGGGUCUCGCUCCCGGCGCCGGGUCACCUUCCCGGCGCCGGCUCUCCUCCCGGCGCCGGCUGAAGCCUUCCUCCUUUCCCAGUGCGGGGUGGAAUUCAAGGCAACAUUGCGAAAGAAACAGGUGGAAACCCAUUUGUCGGGCCGGACGAUGUGCCUGCCGUUCACCGGCUCUCAGACCGCCUCCUUCCUAUGGAGACUGAACGCCGGAGAGAAAACCAUCUACGCAACAGAGGUGGGACCUGAUGGUUUUGGAAAAAGGUCCCUGGAAUUGACGCCCUCGGAGCAGUCGUCGGACAUUGGCAGCCCCCAUAGGCCGCCGCCGCCGGGCUCGGUGCCCCAAACGAGGCUCUUCAAAUGCAGCGUGGAUUCACACCUAGCACCAAGCGGAUUGUUUGCCUUGACUGAGGGACAUCCCAGCAACGGCCGUGGCGACAAUGGCGACGAUGGCGACGAUGGCGAUGAUGGCGACGAUGGCGACGAUGGCGACGAUGGCGUCGAUGGCGACAAUGCCUCGGUCACGGACUGCUCCGACUCAGAAUCACAGGAGGAAGUGGUGCUGGAGGAGGAGCUGCCUCCGGACCUGGAAGUUCCUCCAGGAGAGGCGGACACGGAGUCCGUCACUGACGUAGACUCGGAAGAAGAGGUCACAGCGAUGGAGGAGGUGCCAGUGCCCAGCGAGAUGCCGUCACCCGGAGGAAUUGAACAAGAGGAGGUGAGAAGACAGGAUGCAACUGCAGCCUUCACACCAGAGAUGGAAGUAGAAACGCGAAUCGCACCUGAACCGCAGGAGCCAACAGAAGUUGUGGAACCGCUUCCUCAGAAAUCUCCUCAGGACAAAGGAACUGCCGUCACAGACACAUCUUGUUCCUCCGCGGCAGCGGUGUCUCAAGAGGUGGAACCGCUUUUACAGAAAUCGCAGGACAAAGGUCUCCUCGAGGAGCCUUCGGAGACAGAGCCCGAGAACGAGAACGACGAGCCUGCAGAUGAGCCCGAGGAGGAUUCCCAAGACGUACCGGAGUUGCCGCGUCAAGAGGACUUCCAAGACGUGCCAGAGUUGCCACGUCAAGAGGACCUUUUAGAGGACCACGACGUCGGCGUCUCGGGGCUCAACACGGUGGAGCUCGUGGAGGAAGCGCGGCACUGCCUGGAGCGAGAGCUUCAGCUGCGCACGGAGGAAUCCAGUGACAAUCAGCCGGAUGACGCACACCCAGAGGAGAAUGCAGUUGAGCUAGAGGUGGAGGUGCUGAUGGAGCCCUUCACCCCGGCCUCGCCGCCACCCGAGCGCGCGCAGCGGAUGCCCUCGCCGUCGCCUUCGCCGCGCUCGCCGCCCUCGCCACGGACGCCGCCGCUGGAAGCUGCAUGCGCCAUGCGCAAUCUGCUGCGGUCGAUGCGGUCGCCGCGGCCGGCGCUGAAGCGAAAGCGACUGCAGUCGUGUUUGGCACCUGGAUUCCGUUCCAGCGGGCUUCUAAGAGUGGAGUGGGAUGACUAUCCAGUUGACGAGGUGUACGAGGCUCCCUACUGCAGGAUGAGGAGUGACAUGUGGUUUGACCACUUCAAUAAGGGUCUCGUACAGUGCGGGAUCUGUGGAGAUAUGGUCGAUGAAAGGGAUAGCUAUCGGGCGCAGCAUCCGGAGGAGGAUGUAUUGGACUUGGUGUGCUACAAAUGUGCUGAUUGGCUAGACCCGCUGAAUGUCUCGCUGGAGCCGGGCCGAGGUAGCGUAGGCGACCUGAAAGUCGUAGAGCCACGCCGCAGGCUGGGCUGCAGCGCCAUGCGACCACGUGGCAACCUGAGUCCGGAGGUGAGUGAACCUCCCUAUGACACGCCCAUGGAUCCUUGCUACAGCUGCCAGACGGAGGUGCCAUCGGACACCGAGGCGGAGCUGAGAGCCAAGGCACUCCUGGAAGGCCUUUGAGGCGGUGCAAGAGGUUUUUUCGGUCGACGAACUGCGGUGGAGUUUACUGCGGAAGGGAC